AGGGGUUCAAGACAACACAGGAGUGUGUGGCAAAGGACCCCUGAAGACUCCAGCGUACGGAUUGGGAUCAUAGCAGACUUCUAACACAGGCAGGGUCAGACAACAUCUGCCACCAUGAGUACAGACGCGGAGAUGGCCGUUUACGGCAAAGCUGCCAUUUACCUCCGUAAGCCUGAGAAGGAAAGAAUUGAGGCUCAAAACAAACCGUUUGAUGCCAAGAGUGCCUGCUAUGUGCCUGAUGCCAAGGAGCUGUACUUGAAGGCAACCGUCAUCAAAAGAGACGGUGGCAAAGUUACUGUCAAACUCUUGGAAAGUAAUGAGGAGAGAACAGUAAAGGAAGAUGAGGUCUCUCCAAUGAAUCCUCCAAAGUUCGACAAAAUUGAGGACAUGGCCAUGAUGACCCAUCUCAAUGAAGCCUCUGUGUUGUAUAACCUCAAAGAGCGUUAUGCAGCCUGGAUGAUCUACACCUAUUCUGGGUUGUUCUGUGCCACCGUGAACCCAUACAAGUGGCUCCCAGUGUACGACUCUGAAGUUGUAUCUGCCUACAGAGGCAAGAAGCGUAUGGAGGCUCCUCCCCACAUCUUCUCCGUCUCUGACAACGCCUUUCAGUUCAUGCUUACUGAUAGGGAGAACCAGUCUGUCUUGAUCACUGGAGAAUCUGGUGCUGGAAAGACUGUCAACACCAAGCGUGUCAUCCAGUACUUUGCAACUAUCUCCACUGGAACAGAAAAGAAGCAGCAGCCUGGCAAAAUGCAGGGCUCUCUGGAGGAUCAGAUCAUUGCAGCCAAUCCUUUGCUGGAGGCUUAUGGUAAUGCCAAAACCGUGAGAAAUGACAACUCCUCUCGUUUUGGUAAAUUCAUCAGAAUUCACUUUGGCACAACUGGCAAGCUGUCUAGUGCUGACAUUGAGACAUAUCUGCUGGAGAAGUCAAGAGUGACAUUCCAGCUUCCUGAUGAGAGAGGCUACCACAUCUUCUACCAGAUGAUGACAAACCACAAGCCUGAGCUGAUUGAAAUGUCCCUUCUCACAACCAACCCCUACGACUUCCCCAUGUGCAGCAUGGGUCAGAUCACUGUGAAGAGCAUUGAUGACAAAGUCGAGCUGGAAGCCACUGAUAACGCCAUUGACAUCCUGGGCUUCACUAAUGAGGAGAAGAUGAGCAUCUACAAAAUGACAGGUGCUGUACUUCACCACGGUAACAUGAAGUUCAAGCAGAAGCAACGUGAGGAGCAGGCUGAACCUGAUGGCACAGAGGAUGCUGACAAGGUUGCCUACCUGUUGGGCCUGAACUCUGCUGACAUGCUUAAGGCUCUGUGCUAUCCCAGAGUCAAGGUCGGAAAUGAGUAUGUCACCAAGGGACAGACAGUGCCUCAGGUGCUGAACUCUGUCACUGCCCUGGCCAAGUCCAUCUAUGAAAGGAUGUUCUUGUGGAUGGUCGUCCGUAUCAACCAGAUGUUGGACACCAAGCAGCAAAGGAACUUCUUCAUUGGUGUCUUGGACAUUGCUGGAUUUGAAAUCUUUGACUUCAACACACUGGAGCAGCUGUGUAUCAACUUCACCAAUGAGAAACUGCAACAGUUUUUCAACCACCACAUGUUCGUCCUGGAGCAAGAGGAGUACAAGAAGGAGGGUAUUGUCUGGGAGUUCAUUGACUUCGGUAUGGACUUGGCUGCCUGUAUUGAGCUGAUUGAGAAGCCCAUGGGUAUCUUCUCCAUCCUUGAAGAGGAGUGCAUGUUCCCCAAGGCAACAGACACAUCCUUCAAGAACAAGCUGUAUGACCAGCAUCUUGGCAAAACCAAAGCUUUUGAGAAGCCAAAGCCUGCCAAGGGCAAGGCCGAGGCCCACUUCUCCCUGGUGCACUAUGCUGGCACUGUGGACUACAACAUCGCUGGGUGGCUGGACAAGAACAAGGACCCACUGAACGAGUCUGUUAUUCAGCUGUACCAGAAGUCCUCAUGCAAAUUACUGGCUGUCCUCUAUCCCCCUGCUCCAGCUGAGGACACUAGCAAGAAGGGAGGCAAGAAGAAGGGUGGUUCCAUGCAGACUGUGUCCUCCCAGUUCAGGGAGAACUUGGGUAAGCUGAUGACCAACUUGAGGAGCACCCAUCCUCACUUUGUGCGUUGCCUGAUUCCCAAUGAGUCAAAGACUCCAGGUUUAAUGGAGAACUUCCUGGUCAUCCACCAGCUCAGGUGUAACGGUGUGCUGGAGGGUAUCAGAAUCUGCAGGAAAGGUUUCCCCAGCAGAAUCCUCUACGGUGACUUCAAACAGAGAUACAAGGUGCUGAAUGCCAGUGUCAUCCCUGAGGGACAGUUCAUUGACAACAAGAAGGCCUCAGAGAAGCUGCUUGGAUCAAUUGAUGUCAACCAUGAUGAGUACAGAUUUGGACACACCAAGGUGUUCUUCAAGGCUGGUCUGCUGGGUGUUCUUGAGGAGAUGAGAGAUGAGAAAUUGGCAAGCCUGGUAACAAUGACUCAGGCUGCUUGCCGUGGCUUCCUCAUGAGAAGGGAGUUUGUUAAGAUGAUGGAAAGGAGGGAAGCUAUCUACACCAUCCAGUACAAUGUCCGCUCAUUCAUGAAUGUCAAACACUGGCCAUGGAUGAAGGUGUACUACAAGAUCAAGCCUCUCCUCAAGAGCGCUGAGACUGAGAAGGAGCUGGCCCAGAUGAAGGAGAACUAUGAAAAGAUGACAUCAGACUUAGCUACUGCCUUGGCCAAGAAGAAGGAACUGGAGGAGAAGAUGGUUUCUCUUCUGCAGGAAAAGAACGAUCUGCAGCUGCAAGUGGCAUCAGAAUCAGAGAAUCUGUCAGAUGCUGAAGAGAGAUGUGAGGGACUGAUCAAGAGCAAGAUUCAGCUGGAAGCCAAGCUCAAAGAGAUAACUGAGAGGCUGGAAGAUGAAGAGGAGAUCAAUGCUGAGCUCACUGCCAAGAAAAGGAAGCUGGAGGAUGAAUGCUCAGAGCUCAAAAAGGACAUUGAUGACUUGGAGCUUACCUUGGCCAAAGUGGAAAAGGAGAAGCAUGCCACCGAGAACAAGGUGAAGAACCUGACUGAGGAGAUGGCCUCUCAAGACGAGAGCAUUGCCAAACUCACAAAGGAGAAGAAGGCACUCCAAGAGGCUCAUCAGCAGACCCUUGAUGACCUGCAGGCAGAGGAAGACAAAGUCAACACUCUGACCAAGUCCAAGACUAAGCUGGAGCAGCAAGUGGAUGAUCUCGAGGGCUCACUGGAACAAGAGAAGAAGCUUCGCAUGGACCUUGAGAGAGCCAAGAGAAAGCUGGAGGGAGAUCUGAAAUUGGCCCAGGAAUCCAUCAUGGAUCUGGAGAAUGACAAGCAGCAGUCUGAGGAGAAACUGAAGAAGAAAGACUUUGAAAUCAGCCAGCUCCUCAGCAAGAUUGAGGAUGAGCAGUCUUUGGGCGCUCAGCUUCAGAAAAAGAUCAAGGAGCUCCAGGCCCGUAUUGAGGAGCUUGAGGAAGAGAUUGAGGCUGAGCGUGCUGCUCGGGCCAAGGUUGAGAAACAGAGGGCUGACCUCUCCAGGGAACUUGAGGAGAUCAGUGAGAGGCUGGAGGAAGCUGGAGGUGCCACUGCUGCUCAAAUUGAGAUGAACAAGAAGCGCGAGGCUGAGUUCCAGAAGCUCCGUCGUGAUCUUGAAGAGUCCACUCUGCAGCAUGAAGCCACCGCUGCAGCUCUGCGCAAGAAGCAGGCUGACAGUGUUGCUGAGCUGGGUGAGCAGAUCGACAACCUCCAGCGCGUCAAGCAGAAGCUUGAGAAGGAAAAGAGCGAAUACAAGAUGGAGAUCGAUGACCUCAGCAGCAACAUGGAGGCUGUUGCUAAAGCCAAGGGCAAUCUUGAAAAGAUGUGCCGUACUCUUGAGGACCAACUCAGUGAACUGAAGACCAAGAAUGAUGAGAACAGUCGUCAGAUCAAUGACUUGAGUGCACAGAAGGCACGCCUGCUCACUGAGAAUGGUGAGUUUGGCCGUCAACUUGAGGAGAAGGAAGCUCUUGUUUCUCAGCUGACCAGAGGUAAACAGGCUUUCACCCAGCAGAUUGAUGAGCUGAAGAGACAGAUUGAAGAGGAGGUCAAGGCCAAGAAUGCCCUUGCACAUGCAGUGCAAUCUGCCCGCCAUGACUGUGAUCUGCUCAGGGAGCAGUUUGAGGAGGAGCAGGAGGCAAAGGCUGAGUUGCAGAGAGGAAUGUCCAAGGCUAACAGUGAGGUGGCUCAAUGGAGAACCAAAUAUGAAACUGAUGCCAUCCAGCGCACAGAGGAGCUUGAAGAAGCCAAGAAAAAGUUGGCUCAACGUCUCCAGGAGGCUGAGGAACAGAUUGAGGCAGUGAACUCUAAGUGUGCAUCCUUGGAGAAGACCAAACAGAGGCUCCACAGUGAAGUAGAGGACCUUAUGAUUGAUGUGGAGAGAGCCAAUGCUCUUGCUGCUAACCUUGACAAGAAGCAGAGGAACUUCGACAAGGUGUUGGCUGAGUGGAAACAGAAGUAUGAGGAGUCUCAGGCCGAGCUUGAGGGUGCUCAGAAAGAGGCUCGUUCUCUCAGCACUGAACUUUUCAAGAUGAAGAACUCUUAUGAGGAGGCUCUGGAUCAGCUGGAGACCAUGAAGCGUGAAAACAAGAACCUUCAGCAGGAGAUCUCAGAUCUGACUGAACAGAUUGGUGAAACUGGCAAGAGCAUCCACGAGCUGGAAAAGGCCAAGAAGCAAGUGGAGACUGAGAAGUCUGAGAUCCAGACUGCUCUUGAGGAAGCUGAGGGAACUCUGGAGCAUGAGGAGUCCAAGAUCCUGCGUGUGCAGCUGGAGCUGAACCAGAUCAAGGGUGAAGUGGACAGGAAGAUUGCAGAGAAAGAUGAAGAGAUUGAGCAGAUUAAGAGGAACAGCCAGAGGGUGAUUGAAUCCAUGCAGGGCACUCUUGAUGCUGAGGUCAGGAGCAGGAACGAUGCCCUGAGAGUCAAGAAGAAGAUGGAGGGAGACCUGAAUGAGAUGGAGAUUCAGCUGAGCCAUGCCAAUCGCCAGGCUGCUGAGGCACAGAAGCAGCUCAGAAAUGUUCAGGCUCAACUGAAGGAUGCUCAACUGCACCUUGAUGAUGCUGUGAGAGCCCAGGACGACCUGAAGGAGCAAGCUGCUAUGGUGGAACGCAGAAACGGUCUCAUGGUGGCUGAAAUUGAGGAGCUGAGAGCUGCUCUGGAACAGACAGAGAGAAGCCGCAAGAUCGCUGAGCAGGAAUUGGUGGACGCCAGUGAGCGUGUUGCACUUCUGCACUCCCAGAACACAAGCCUUCUGAACACCAAGAAGAAGCUUGAAUCCGACCUGGUUCAGGUCCAAGGAGAAGUGGAUGACGCUGUCCAGGAAGCAAGAAAUGCUGAGGACAAGGCCAAGAAGGCCAUCACUGAUGCCGCCAUGAUGGCUGAGGAGCUCAAAAAGGAGCAGGACACCAGUGCUCACCUGGAGAGGAUGAAGAAGAACCUUGAGGUUGCUGUGAAAGAUCUGCAGCAUCGUCUGGAUGAAGCUGAGAACCUGGCCAUGAAGGGUGGCAAGAAGCAGCUCCAGAAACUUGAGUCUAGGGUGCGUGAGCUGGAGUCAGAGGUUGAGAAUGAGCAGAGACAUGGCGCAGAUGCCGUUAAGGGUGUCCGCAAAUAUGAGAGGAGAGUGAAGGAGCUCACCUACCAGACCGAGGAGGAUAAGAAAAACAUCAACAGGCUCCAGGAUCUGGUUGACAAGUUGCAGCUUAAGGUGAAGGCCUACAAGAGGCAGUCUGAGGAAGCGGAGGAGCAGGCCAAUGUUCAUCUGUCCAAGUGCAGAAAACUCCAGCAUGAGCUGGAGGAGGCUGAGGAGCGUGCUGACAUUGCUGAGUCUCAGGUCAACAAGCUGAGAGCAAAGAGCCGUGACUCUGGCAAGGGAAAAGAUGCAGCUGAGUAA